ACUGUGAUGGAGACUCCGCUGGAGAAGGCCUUGACCACCCUGGUCACCACUUUCCAUAAAUAUUCGGGAAGAGAGGGCAGCAAACUGACCCUGAGUAGGAGGGAACUAAAGGAGCUGAUUAAAAAGGAACUGUGCCUUGGGGAGAUGAAGGAGAGCGCCAUCGAUGACUUGAUGAAGAACCUGGACAAAAACAGUGACCAGGAGAUCGACUUCAAGGAGUACUCGGUAUUCCUGACCACGUUGUGCAUGGCCUACAAUGACUUCUUCUUGGAGGACAACAAAUGA